AUGGCUACGACAGCAGCUACUGCGGGCACAGCAGCUACCCCCUUCGCCUUCCCAUCGACCUACAACUUCCCACCCUUCUUCACCCCGCAACCAAACAGCACCACGCGACACUCGCAGCUCCAAAAAUGGUCCUCACUAAUCCAGUCCUGGUGUCGACACCACCGCACCUACCGCCUCUCCCUCGUCGAUGCCGUCGAUUCCCCUCUUUUCCAUAAUGCAGCCCUGCGCAAGCGGCUAAAUUUGGCCGAAGCGCGCGCCGUCGUGGACUGGAUGACUAAAAAGGAGGAGGAAGGGGGCGGUGGUCAGCGCGCGGAGUGGAUUGAGGGAGCUGCGGCGGGUGGGAAUACAGCGCCCAAGAGUGUUGCGUGGAUCUGGUGGCGGAGGCCGGAGGAGUGGGCGGAUGUGCUGGUGGAUUGGAUUGAUGUUACUGGGCAGCGGGGGGUAGUGUUGACGGUGUUUGAGCUGGUGCAGGGCGAGGCAACGGUUUCUCAAGGUAGGUCACUUAUUACCCAGACGGGGUCUACGGAAAAUGGUCGUGCUGAUCAUCUUGCAGAGUUUCAUGGCAUGGACAACGAUGCCAUGAUGAAGGCGCUUAAUGUCCUCGUCAAGCGAGGCAAGGCAUCGGUCUUUGGUAAUGAGGGCGAGGAGGGAGUCAAGUUCUUUUAA